CCUCCCGGGGGCUGAUGGGGGGGUGGGAAGGGUCAACAAAUCCCCACUCGCUGUGCUGCUCGCACGGAACGCCCCAACUCCCUUCUCCUUCCCCCCCCCGACGGGAGGGGUCACGGGGCGGGAUCCUUCUCGGCACUCUUGGGGUGAACUUCCUUCCCCCUCCCCGCUUCCUGCUGCUCCGUGCCCAGCAGCCCCCCCCCAUCCGCCCCCGGAGCUUUUCCUCCUCCCCCGCACCUCGUGCCUCGGUUUCCCCGGAAUGAAGCUCUUCCCGGAGCGCCUUUGGAGCUGCGAGGCCGCCGUUGUGGCACAGGGCGGGGUGGGGAACCGUUCCAGCUCCGGUGCGGGCUGUGCCGAUACGGAACGUCCCGGGCCCCGGGGGUUGGCGGGGAGCCCGGCGCUCUGUGGCUGUGCCGGGGGUGGCGGAGGUCUGCAGCGGGCACGGUGAGCCCCGCGUCCCCGCAUCCUCCAUCCCCGUGCCUCGUGUCCCCACCGCAUCCUCCCGUCCCCACAUCCCCCGCGCUCCCGUGUUCACAUCUCCCCACAUCCUCAUGCCCAAAUUCCCGUCUCCCCAAGUUCCCGUGUUUCCACGUGUUCGUGUUCCCACAUCCCCGCUUCCUUCCGUCCCCACAUCUCUAUGCCCUCGUGCCCACAGGUCCUUCCCCCGCCCCCAAGUCCACUUAUCCCCAUGUCCCCGUGUCUCCAAGUCCCCAAAAUAUCCCCAUAUCCCCACGUCCCCGCCCCGUGUCCCGCUGCACCCGCGGUGCCCUCACGCUGCGGGGGGAAACGGAGGCACGAAGGUGGGGGGAGGAGGGAGAACUGCCCCUCCCGGUGCUGCAUCGCCGCCCGAGGCCGGCAGGGGGCGCCGCUGUUCCCCCCCCGGGGCAGAUAAAGGCGGCGGCGGCGGCGGCCGAAACACAGAGCGGCAUCGGCAGCACCGGGAGGGACAGCGGGGCCGGGGGGGGGCAUGGCGCGGCUGCUGCUGUGCUGUGCUGCCCUGCUGGCGGCAGGGACAGUCCAUGGCCAGGAAUCAACAGCAACAUCACAGCCCCAGCCCAGCUCAUCCGUAGGUGUCACCACGUGGACACGUGAGGAGCCUUCACCCAGCUCAGGGGCAGCUGAACCACAGAUGUUGCCACAGGAUGCAACCCCCAGCAAAGAGGGAGCAGCCUCUCCAUCUCCACCGCACACCACUGCAACACCACCUUCAACUGCGACCCCAAGCACUGCAGCAGCUGAACCCCCCUCCAGCCCUGCAGGGUCACCAUCUCUGCCCGUGACACCGGGCUCAGCUCCGCUGACCGCAGCCCCAUCCAACGCCGCCACCACAUCAGCCCCAUCCAAGCUGACCUCGGUGCACAACCUCAUGUGGUCCCCAGGCACAGCGCCGGCCCCGUCCUCUCCUGGGCAGCCCACCCCCCCUCCCAGCUCUGCUGUGCCCACUGCCAGCCCCGCUCCCGGCACUUCCUCGGCUCUCAGCUCCAGCACUGCGCAGCUGCUCGGGACUGGCAGCCUGGCACAGCCCUCCUCCAAAUCCAACCCCGGAGUGGUGGUGAUCGUCUGCCUCUUCGUGGCUGUGCUGGUCGGGGCCGUGGCCAUGCUGCUGGUGCGGCUGCGCCGCUGCAGGAAGCCCCACUUCCAGCGGCUGGACGAGGUGCCCAUGGGCAAAGUGUCAGAGGAAUCCCCCUUUGCCCGUCACCCCCCCAGGUGACCCCGCUGUGCCAAAUAAAGACGCUGCAGCCCCGGC